AUGAAUAUGCAAAUUCUAUCUUGGAAUGUCAGAGGGUUGUGUUCAAGAGAGAGAAGAACUAUUGUGAAGAAAGUUAUCAAUAUUUAUAAGGCUUCUAUCAUCAUUCUUCAAGAGACUAAGAUGAUGUAUUGCACAAAUUUUGAUAUUCAACAAAUAUGUGGAAAUAAUAACUUUGGUUGGACUUUCCAACAAUCUGCUGGCAGUUCAGGAGGAAUGAUUAUUUUAUGGAAUAAGGAUAUUCUGGAUGUUCAUGACUCCUUGGUUGGUGAAUUUACUCUCUCUAUUUCUUGUUCAAACAAAGAUGAUGGUUUUCAAUGGAUCCUAACCAAUGUGUAUGGUCCUAAUAAACCUCGUGAGAGAGAUAGUUUUUGGGAGGAACUGGAUAAUGUUUACAGUUUUUGGGAUCUUCCCUGGUGUAUUGGAGGGGAUUUUAACACUGUUCUCAGUUGUGAUGAGAAAAAAAACAGUUCCAAAUUUACAAAGAGCAUGAAGAGUUUUUCUAGUUUCAUUGCUCAACAUGAACUCAUUAAUCUUCCGCUUAAAGGUGCCAGAUACACUUGGUCCAACAACCAAUCUAACCCUGUCAUGUGUAGAUUGGACAUAUUCUUGCUCUCUCCUUCUUUUGAACUCAAAUUUCCUUUAGCUUCUCAACUUGCUAAACCUAGACCAACUUCAGAUCAUAUUCCUCUUAUUCUUGACCUCUCGCAUCCUUCUUGGGGUCCAAGUCCUUUUAGGUUUGAGACUCUUUGGUUUUUGGAAAAUGGUUUUGUUGAAAUGAUGGAAAAUUGGUGGAACUCUUUUUGUUUUGAAGGUACACCAAGUGAGAUUUUUUGGUUAAAGCUAAAAGAACUGAAAGGAUUACUUAAAGUGUGGAACAAAGACACAUUUGGGCAUACAACAACAUAA